UAAAUUUAAAUUGAAAAAAUUUAAAUUGUGGCUCGUCUCGUCAGACACGUAGAAUGUCGCAGGGUGUUGAACUUAAUGUCGCUCUAUUGUCACAUGAUCAUUUGUACGACAUGAUCAAUCGUAUCUUUUAGAAAUAGGCACAGUCCUUCUUUACAACACAGUUAUGAUCAGUGGCACAAACAUCAAGAACAUCGAAUAACCACCAUGUCAUUUAAUACAUCGUCUAAUAAUAACAACAACGAUCUAGAAAGAACGGCGACUAAUCGAUCUCUGCAUUAUAAAGAUUAUCCUGAAUAUGAAACCACAUCUCAUGCUAUAGAGAAUCAAUUAUAUCAAAUAAAUUCAACUUUAUUACCUACUUUAAAAUCCCAAAUUUAUGAAUUUAGCAAAGAUUCAUCGAAUCCAAGUUUAUCAGAGAAGAUCACUACUUCUAUAGAUGAGAUCACUAAGAAAUACCAAGGCAUAAAUGAUCAUAUUAAAUCUUUAAAUCGAAUUAUUCAAACUAUUGAAUCAAGUCAUGAAGAUAUUGAAAUUUUAAAUUAUUUAAAACAAAAGGAAAAUAUUCAAAUUAAAUUGAUUAGAGAUAGUUUAACUAAUUUCAAAACUUAUCAAAAAAGAUUUGAAUCUUAUCAUGUAAGGAAUAUCCCUCCUGAUGAUUUAGUUAAAUCCACUCCACCUCAAAGUGGUGAAAAUAGUGAAGGUCAAAUUCAAGAUCAAAUCCAAGUCACUUAUGAACCUAUCAAUGCAGAAGAAUUAGAACAACAAACGUUAUUAAUAGAAGAAAGAGAAAGAGAACUUCAUAGAAUUCAUCAAGAUACUCAAAAUAUAAAUGAUAUAUUUCAAAAUUUAGCUGGGAUAGUAAAUGAACAACAAUUUCAAAUUGAUAAUAUCGAAAAUAAUAUCUUUAGUUAUAGUGAAGAUGUUAGAACAGCAAGUCAACAUUUACAACGAGCUGAAAGAAGACAGCGUUCUUCAACUGGGAGAAUGUGUUGUUGUUUGGCUAUCUUGGGUACGGUAUUAGGUUUAAUUGUAAUUGUAACGUUCAUAUAAAAAGGUUCUAUUCAUUUCUAUUAAUUAAUUAGUUAAUUUUAUUUUUUUUU